AUGUUCUCUUUGUGGACCCGACGAGGACAAUGCCUUCUCUGUUCCUUUCGAGCCCUGGUUACUGCGCCUUCAAAGCAAUAUCCCCAUGGACGCAAUGACUAUAGGACGACCCAGCCGUCGCGCCGAAAAAUCUCCGAGACCUCGCGUCGAACGAAAAGCGCCCCGAAUUCUAGAUCGACGAGGGCGAACUCGCGGGGUGCCUCGAAAUCUGCCACUCUUUCUUCUGACAUUGUCCUGAAUCGGGUUCGAAAGGCUCUGGACGAAUUGAAAAUUCGACUGGCGUCCAUUCCAGCCUCCACAGAUCCUACGCCGAACCAACUGGAUGCCCUUGAUCCCGACCAAAUAUAUUUCAAGUCGUUUAAGGAAAGCCUGGAAGAAAUUUUGAGGUUCAAGGAUACUUCCAAAAGCGCCUGGGGACGAAGCAUAGCAUCCGAGAUUGGAAGAUCAUUUGUGUCUCCCAAUUGGCGACAAGAUCUCCAAAAAGCUUUACAUUUUGGCUUCAUCGAUCAUGUUCUUCAGAAGAAGACCGAAGAAAGUCCGGGGAAAACAUCACCGAUCGCGGACAUGCGGUUUCCGACGGAAUGGUACUCUGGUGCUCGUCAGCUUCAGAGGGAUAUUCAUCUUCAUAUCGGUCCAACAAAUUCAGGCAAAACCUACAACGCAUUGAAACGAUUGGAAGAGAGUGGUAACGGGUUUUACGCCGGCCCUUUGAGAUUAUUGGCCCAUGAAGUCUUCUCCAGAUUCAAAGCCAAGGGUGUUUCAUGCGAUCUAGUAACUGGUGACGACGUCAGACUUGAUGACAAUCCCAAUGUCUUGAUGUCUGCAUCAACGGUGGAAAUGGUGGAUACGUCACGCUCCGUUGAGGUUGGUGUUAUCGACGAAAUACAAAUGAUCACUUCACGAGAGCGCGGAUGGGCUUGGACUCGGGCGUUUCUAGGAGCGAAUGCCAGAGAACUUCAUCUGUGUGGAGAGCCCAGAGUUCUUCCACUGAUUCGGGAAUUGACCGCGUCCACGGGUGACACCCUACAUGUCCAUGAAUACAAGCGAUUGAAUCCGCUAAAAGUCAUGACCAAAAGCCUGAAAGGAGAUCUCAAGAGCCUGCGGAAGGGGGACUGUAUUGUCACCUUCUCUGUUAUGAAUAUCCAUGCCAUGAAAAAACAAAUUGAGGUGGAUACCGGCCGUCGAUGUGCUAUUGUUUAUGGUAGCCUACCUCCUGAGACCCGCGCUCGACAAGCUGCCUUGUUCAAUGACCCAAACAACGAUUAUGAUUUUUUGGUUGCCAGCGAUGCGAUUGGGAUGGGGCUAAAUUUGAGCGUGAAACGAAUCAUCUUCCAUAGCGUGUACAGAUUCAACGGAUCUCGAAUGGAACAGCUCACCGUGUCUCAAAUCAAGCAGAUUGGUGGUCGAGCCGGUCGGUAUCGAAGCUCACAUGAAGCCAUGAAUAAUUCCGGGAAGUCCGACGAGUCCUCAUCAGCCAGUGUCGGCCUCGUCACCACCCUCAACGAUGAGGACUUACCCACCAUCACCAAUGCGAUGAAUGCCGAAGAUCCACCAAUAAAAGUGGCGGGUCUAUUACCCCCGGGCGAUUACCUGGAAGAUAUAUCAAUCAGGCUACCCAAAGGAAUUCCUUUCGAAUACCUUUUGAAGCGUCUUUCCAAGGAGGCUGAAUUGCAUCAUCGAUUCAAAAUGUGCAGCAUCGACGACCAAAGUCGAGUGGCCGAAAUCAUUGAACCGGUCCGUGGCCUGACCACCCAUCAGAGGAUUUUAUUCACUGCUGUUCCCAUGAGCUCCACAUCGGCAACAGCAAAACGAGUGGUAAGAGCUCUAGCCGAAUGCUUGGAGAAUCACCGACAGGUCUCGAUUGUCGACAUCCCAGCCAUCCCACUCGAAAUACUCGAGCAGCCGGUCUCGGGAGAUCGAGCAUAUCUGGAAAGUCUAGAGGAACUCCACAAAUCUUUGAUAGUGUUCCUCUGGCUCAGCUACCGGUUUGUUUCUACCUUCAAGGAUAGAGACAUGGCCAUGUACGCCAAAGAGCUAACGGAAAAGCGGAUUAAUACGUGCCUCUUAGAAUUUUCGGCCAACCCAGAACUUCGACAACGAGUGUUAUCAUACAAGUAUAAAAUGCCGCUUCCAAGACUGCCGGCUCACGGAAACACUCCAGAAGCAACCAAGACUCAUAAUGACUUUUCACAACAUCCAGCACUUCCGGUGGACUGGACUCGUGGUUCUUCAGAUCUUGAAUUUGAAGAACCCCAAUCUUCAGCAAACGCCGUCACGACACAUGCAUAA